UACGUCCGCGCGACCCGUAUUUCGAAACGCUGUGCCGUGAACUGUGUGCAAUUUUCACCUCCAGUGUUUUAUUGUUAAUUAAACGGCAAACAAGGAUUUUGUGAUACAACAGGUGUUAGUGCCAGGGAGCCCCUGGCAUGUGAACAUCAUGUCCAACACAAACUCCAACCUGUCCGUUCUGGGCGAAUCCACCAGGCUGGUGCCGGCCAACACCCCCGCGGUCUUCGAAAUAAUUACAAACACCAACAACGCACCCGCCGACCUAUCUGUACACGUGAUCGCCCCCAGCAAAAGAACCAUUCAGGCCAGGGUACUCCCUGGCAAUCGCACGGGUGUACAGAGCGUGGAGUUCGUGCCCACGGAAGUUGGCACCCAUGUUGUGGAAGUUUCGAUCAACGGGGAGAAACUCCCCUCGGGGCCUUUGAUCGCUAAGGUUUACGACGCGGGGUUGAUACAGGUCGCCGACGUUAGCGGGGGUGUAGUUGGUCAGCCAGUUCAGUUCAGAGUUGACGCUAGCCAAGCAGGUGAAGGACAACUAGAAAUAUCUAUCAACGAAGGAGAGGUUCCCAACCACGUCCAAGUGGUAGGAGGCGGCAGAUGCCUCGUCUCCUUCACACCAGACCAAGCGAAAUCCCAUCUCAUAGACAUAAAAUUCAACGGAGAAACCGUACGUGGCUGCCCCUUUGUCUGCUCUGUGUCGGACACCAGCAGAGUGACUUUAUCUUUGUCCCAUCUUGAGCUCAUCCCCGUGAACCAACCCAGCUCUUUCCAUAUGGGAGUAGCUGGAGGUGGUGCAGCAGAAUUGGCUGUAGCCGUCAGAGGACCUAUCGGAGAGCUACCCGUCAAAGUAACAGGAGACAUACACUCGGGAUUCACCGCUGAAUUCACUCCAAUUCAAGUUGGAGCUCACCAAAUUAGUGUAGAUUACAAUGGAAGACCCGUUCAAGGAACACCCUUCAUCGCUAAAGCCUUUGACUCCAACAAAGUCACUGUUGGAACCGUCGCUAGGGGUACGGUUGGUAGACCCGUCACAUUCUCUGUAGACGCCAGCGAAGCGGGCGAAGGAAACUUGGAAAUAACGAUUUCUGCUAGGGGUCUGAACAUACCGACCCAAGUCCAUCCCCAAGGAAACGCGAGGUUCGCCGUCAGCUUCGUUCCGGCAGAGGCCUGUGAUCACGUAGUGAAUGUAGCAUUUAACAAAAGACCCGUGGUCGGGUGCCCUAUAAUCGUUAGUGUAGGAGGUAGUGGUACGGGACCUAGUGUGACUUUGCCUGGACCUGGACCUGUGCACAGGCCCAGUACGUUGUUAAUUAAUCAUCCCGGGAGACUAGAGGAUAUUGAGGUUAAUGUUGAGGGACCUGGCGGCCAAGCGGUGCCUACGCAGGUACAGCCCUUGGGAAACGGCCAAUUCAGGGCAGAGUUUGUGCCCAGGGUUGUUGGAGAGCAUCGCAUCAAUGUAAGCGUCAAUGGUAUUCCAACUGCUGGUAGUCCGUAUGCUGCUAAAGUCUACGACGUGCAGGCCAUAAAGGUUAAAGAGGCGGCCAGUGGAAUUGUGGGAAAGUCAGUAACAUUCUUAGUUGAAACCAGCCAAGCUGGUCCAGGUAACCUAGAAGUAACGGUGAAUGGAGGUUUGGUGCCAACUUCAGCACAAGCCCAGGGUCCUCACACGUACGCUAUAUCUUUCACACCCAGAGAAGCCACCGUUCAUUCCGUUGACUUGAGAUUUAACGGUCAAGAUGUCCCCGGAAGCCCAUUUAAGUGCAACGUUGUCCCUGCUGCGCGAAUAUUGUCCCUUGAAACCCUAGAUAAAGUCUCGGUCGGUCGACCUUGCACAUUUGUCGUCGAGAGUCCGUCACCUCCCGUAGUAGAGAUCCUUGGACCUGCUCGUAGACCUUUGGUUGUUCAGGUUAGUCUCCAAGAAAACACGGAGGGGAAGUUCGAUGUGACCUUCACACCAAUAGACGUAGGCGACCACAGCGUUGAGGUUCGUUUGGCAUCAGGACACAUAGAAGGAAGUCCUUUCCUUAUAAAAGCUUAUGAUGCCAAUCGUGUCACUGUGACAGAUAUCACUGAUGGAAUUGUUGGAAAACCCGUUUCUUUCAGUAUCAACGCAUCGCAAGCUGGUGCUGGUAACUUGGAGAUCAUCGUGGCAGUUGGAGGCAGAAACGUUCCCAAUUUUGUUCAAAGCGAGGGAAACGCUAGAUUUAAGGUUAAUUUUAAGCCGACAGAAGCUGCCACACAUACUCUGAGUGUUAGGUUCAAUGGACAACCCGUACCGGGAUCGCCUUUCAACUGCAAGAUUAGUCCUGGAAAUACGCAGCCCAGGGUACCAGUGUCUGGUUCCGGAAUUGAACUGUCGGCGGUAGGGCAUCCAGCUGAAAUUAAAAUUGAAGGCGUCACAGGUGGAGAACCUCAGAUCAUAGCCACAGCGCCAAACGGGAAAAUCCUUCCAACGAAACUGAUCGUGAACGAAGACGUAUAUAUAGCGAGAUUCAUCCCAGAAAACGUUGGCCGCCACUCGGUAGCCAUUCUAAUAAACGAUCAGCAUGUCAUCGGUUCUCCGUUCAGUUGCAAUGUGUAUGACGUGAAUAAGGUCAUCGUGACCGGUUUGCCCGGACGUAAAAAUGAUCUGUCCAGAUCCAUAAAUGAUCUGAGUCUAAGAGAUAUCGGCCCCGCAGAAGUAGGAAAACCCGUAACGUUCAGCGUGGACGCUGCCCAGGCCGGUGAAGGAACCCUGGAACUCGUCGUUUCCACGCAGCACACCACCAUAAAGGCCGAGGUCGUUGCAUGCGCGAGGGGGUUGUACGACGUCACCUUUGUCCCUCUUACAGCCGAAGAUCACUUUGUUAAUAUAACAUUUAACGACAUGACAGUGUUAGGAAGUCCCUUUCAUUGCACCGUCGUCGAAUCGACGCAGUAUUUCCAGAUAGGCUCAAUAGCCUACAUCGACCUUCCUAGCGACAGUCACAGAAUAGAAAUUAGUGAUCCCAACAACCAUCACGCCAAAUAUAUUGUUAAAAACUACAAAGCGGAAUUUAACUUAACGCAAACCGGAACGUAUCGGGUGCAGAUAAUCAAGGACAAUGAGAUAGUAGGCACUCGAACUCUUCAUGUGUUUGAUACCACCAAAAUCGAUAUAAUCAAUGCGCCAGAAGCUAUUUGUCACAGACCUGCAGUCAUCGGAAUCAACAUGAACAGAGUUGGCCCUGGAAAGUUAACAGCUGCAGUCAAGGUUGCCAACAAAAAUGUAGCUCACAGUGUGAGACAAAGCCCUACAAAUGCUAAUAUGUGGGAAGUCGUCUUUCAUCCAGUACAAGCAGCCCCUCACCGUGUUACCCUGUUUUACAACAGUGUCCCCAAAUUUGGUGUCCUAGAAGUACCAGUUAAAGGUCCUGGCAAUGAACCGUGGGCGGCUGGAUUAGGUUUGUAUCAAGCCAGAGUCGGAAAAGUCACUUCUUUCCACAUUGAAACUCUGGGAAGAUCCGCUAGAGAAUUUGACGUUGUCGUAAGCGGUCCUACCGGAUCAGCCGUACCCGUAAGGUGUUAUCAAACGAAAACCGGGAAACUCCAAGCUGAAUUUACAUCCAGAGAAGUUGGCCCUCACACGAUUGAAGUUCUACACCAGGCCAAACAUGUCAGCGGUAGCCCUUUCACUUGCCAAGCUUUCGAUCCCGAUAAUGUAAGGAUUCUUGAUAUUCCUACAACACAAGGAAAUGUCGGAGAGAGGAUUUCAUUCAAUGUAUCUUCUAAGCACUCUGGAUCUGCCGAACUGGAAAUCCAAGUGAUGAACCCGAUAAAUCAAACCCUGACUGUUCAACAAAUACCUGUAGAUGAGAAACUGACUCAAAUCGUAUUCCUACCGACCAUGGCUGGUUUGUAUCAAGUCGCGGUGACUUACGGUGGAGCUCCUGUGAAAGGAUCACCCCUUGCAUUAGGAGUAGGCCCUGUUGGUCCUACUCCACCUCCUCGAGCAGUGGGAAAAGGUCUUGAAAAUGGUCGAGUUGGUGAAAGAACUUCAUUCACGGUUAGUAGUGUUGUUCAGCCUAGAGUGGUAGUUGAAGCUGUCGAAGGGAACAUAGACGUUCAUAUUCAGUGUCCAAAGCCAGGGGAAUACAUUGUAUCGUACACACCUAAGUGGGUCGGAACCUACGACAUUAUUAUCAGUAUCGGACCAAAUGAUUUGCCAGGAUCUCCGUUUAGACCGAACAUAGUGGAUCCAUCUGCAGUCCGUUUGAUAGGAGGUUGGAAUCAGUACCUGGAUGACUCUGAUCGUGUCAAGCUUCCAGCAAAAUUGGCAUUUGAUAUAACAAAUGCUGGGCCAGGGCAUCUAGAGUGCAAAGUUUCCGGACGUAAAGUAAAUCCGGAAAAGACUGGGUCUAGGAUAAGAUUCGAUAUAUCUGGUGAAGGUCUGAAUGCGGGUGAACACGAGUUUGACAUUAGAUUUGCGAAUAUACCUUUGCCGGAGGCUCCGGACACUAUUGUAUGUCUCGGAGAUCAAGUUGUUUUAACAGGAAAAGGUUUAGCCCAUGCCUUAUGUGGAGAACCGGCCGUUUUUACUAUCGAUGGCUCCAAAGCCAGUACAGGUAACCCGGAGGUUACUUUACACGCAGCGGAUACCAACAUACCAGUGCCAGUAAUGAUCAGUUUAGCAGGCGACAAGAUUUGGAGAGCUGCGUACACUGUCAACAGUGCCGGCAACUAUUUAUUGUCUGUCUUGUGGGCUGGUAGACCAGUUAAAGGUUGUCCGUUGGUAGUAGAAGCCAAGGGGGGUGCAGACGCUUCCAAGGUUCUCUGUUCUGGAGAAGGCCUUCGGCAAGGCGUAGUCGGUAGGGAAAUUCGAUCCUGGAUAGAUACAAGGAGGGCUGGUCCAGGAGAACUCACAGCGCAUUGCACUGGACCGAGAAAAGUGGCUUACUGUGAACUUUACGAUCACGGCGACGCAACUUUCACACUCAACGUGAAGCCACAGGAAGCGGGAAGGCAUGCACUGACUAUCAAAUAUGCCGGACAGCAUGUUCCGGGAUCACCGUUCACGCUUAGAGUUGCCGGUGCGCCUGAUGCGAGCAAAGUACGUGUUUAUGGACCAGGUGUAGAACACGGAGUUCUAGCGACGUUUCAGUCGCGGUUCAUAUGCGACACGAGAGGUGCAGGUGCCGGUCAACUCACUGUAAGAGUCAGGGGGCCCAAAGGAGCUUUCAGGGUGGAAAUGCAACGGGAGAGUCAGAAGGACCGCACGAUCCUUUGCAAGUUUGAUCCGACAGAACCUGGCGAUUAUCGAGUGGAAGUAAAAUGGGCUGGGGAGUUGGUACCUGGAUCACCUUUCCAUGUAAUGAUUUUUGAUACGCAAGAAGAAUUAAGACACUACAUAAAUGCUUUGUAGAUGACGGUAUUCUACAAUAUUUAUUUCACAAAAAAAGAAAUGAUAACUUCUAUAAACAAAAAUGAACAAUAAUGAAAAUAAUUAUAAAAAUCUGUGCAAUCGAAAACAUUGGUAUAAUAUGAAUUAGUUUCUUGAACUGACUGAUUAGACAUUUUUUCGUAAUUAUUCAACUGUUAUUUCUCUAGGUUUAUUUGUAAAUUAUUUUUGUUGUAUUGUUUACUGUUUAUUGAGGUUGUGUGGGACUGGAAUACAAUAAUAUUAAUGUUUGUGUUACUGCUACUAAAUAUAAUAUUUAUAAACCUUAGGAUUAUUUUAAUAAAU